GGGUCAGAGAGCUCUCGGAUUUCAUCAAAAAUAUCUUUAUUUGUGUUCAGAAGAUGAAGGAAGGUUUUACAGGUUUGAGAAUGAUUAAUGAAUGACAUAACUCUCUAAUAAUGUAGAGGCGAACUCGUACUCUCACCUGAUGGAGGGAGUGGUGAAGAUCAUCCCGUUCGAUCAGUGCUCGUCUCCAGACGUCUACGGGUCAGAGGUCAGGUCAGGGAUGCUGUGUGCAGGAAGUGAGCUCUGUGUGGACGCCUGUCAGGGUGACUCGGGCGGUCCGUUAGCGUGCGAGUGUGACGGCGUGAGCUUCCUCUACGGGAUCAUCAGCUGGGGAGACGGAUGCGGACGCUCGGGGAAGCCCGGCGUUUACACCCUCGUGCCCAAAUAUUCAGACUGGAUCAACAGCGUCAUCAAAACAUCCAGAAAAACCUCCCCAAAAACUUCAGCCAAUAGAAAGACGAUAAACAUCUGUAUCGGGAGUCAAUGCAGGAGAUAAAACAACUGUGACUUUACUGUUAAUGUGUUCAUGACGUCACACUGACGGACGUGUGUUUUACUGCCAGCCUGUCGUAUUUAUAUUAACAAGCAAUAUGGGGACAUGUACACUGGAGUGGAAAGUGUUUGCUACUAUUAUUAUUAUUAUUA